UCGUUUUCGAGUUUGUUAAUCAGAGGUUCCGGAGGCCUAUGUUUUGUUUCUUUUUCUUCUCUAUGCAUGACCUAAUUUGCCUGCGCGCAUAUAUGACAGACAGUUGUUGGUCUGGGCACGUCUCCAGAGACACCGGAGAUGCCCGUUUUAAUCCUGAUCAAUCAGACAAAUGAAUCAUGACUCUCGAUUCAGUAAGAGUUGUUCAAAAAUAACAAAUCGUCCGCGAACUGCACAUCUCUAAUAAAGAACUGAGGUUGUGAUUGCUCUGAGCAUGUGACACUUCAGGAUUUUGUUGCGGCAGCAACAAAUAUUAUACAUUUUUGCUAAACAAAUUGAACUUCAACUGUGGAGUUUAAAAAGUGUUCUAGGUCUGCUUCUUAACGGAAUUACUUUUGUUUUCACGUUGUACCUACCGACGAUGCAAACUUCAAGCUGAUUUACCAUGCCAGGUGAGGAGUCUAGCCAAGAAAAAGGAGGCAGAUGCUGAAGACGUGCCUAAUUUCUUCUGCUGCUUUCCAGGACACACAAGAAAGAGGCUGCAUAGACACACAGGGGAUAUACUGUGUCACAAAGAAGGCUGCAGAUGACAUGGACAAGAGGCUGAACCCCAAAACAAUGGAGGAUUUUAAACUAAUUCUCCUAAUUUAAGCUAUUUUCCCACUGAUCUGAAGCUCCUGCGACAGAGUGGGCACAUGCCAUGUUGAGGAGACAGAGAACUGGCUCUCUUCUGAACGCUUUGCUGUGGUUUCUCUUCUUCAUUGCCAUGACAAUGAAACAGGCGUAUGGACAAUCCAUUAGCAGUUCAGAAAUUCACCAAAUUGUGCAAACAUUUAUUAAGGAGGAAGUUCACAAGAUGGAAUCAUUUGAUUGCAGACUGUACACCCCAACUUUAGCUGAUUAUAAGCAGAAAUGUCCCAGGUCCACACUCACAUGCUUUACGACAGAGCUAAAAGUCCUGAUGUUACAAUAUGGGAAACGUUCUUCAUCCUUACACCAGAAAAGACUCACCAAACGACUGACUAAAUUGAUGUCCUUGAUAAAACAGAAGGAUGGUGCCAACUGUCCACACUGUGAGGUCCACAGAGAACAGGCAGCAAAUGAUUUCUUAACAACAUUACUAGGGAUUCUGGAGUGGAUGAACAAUCAGGGGUCUCAGUUGCCAGACAGCCACUGAGAUGUACACACCCAUAGCCAGGGACAUCCAAGGACUCACAUAAGAGCAGAAAGCUACCUGAACAUUUGCUAGAUGUAGCAAAAUACUAUAUACACUACCAAGUUUGGGGUUACUUAGAAAUAUCCUUGUUUUUGAAAGAAAAGCACUUUUCUUUUGUCCAUUAAAAUAACAUCAAAUUUGUCAGAAAUACAGUGUAGACAUUGUUAAUGUUAAUGUGCAUAUUUGUAAACAAUAGCUGGUGCACGAAAUAUAAGGAAGUCUCUAGAUUUUACUCGCCUGAAGUAGAGUAUCUUAUGAUAAACUGCAGACCACACUAUUUACCAAAAGAGUUUUCAUCUUUACUUUUCGUGGUUGUUUAUUUACCACCACAGAUGGAUGCUGGCACGAAGACUGCACUCAGUCAGCUGUAUCAGGAAAUAAGCAAACAGGAAACCGCUCUCCCAGAGGUGGCACUCCUAGUGGCCGGAAACUUUAUUGCAGGGAAACUUAAAUCAGUUCUACCUCAUUUCUGUCAGCAUGUUAAAUGUGCAACCAGAGGGAAAGAAAUUCUAGUUCACCUGUACUCCACAGACAGAGUCGUGUACAAAGCUCUCCCUCGCCAUCCAUUUGGUAAAUCUGGCCACAAUUCUAUCCUCCUGAUUCCCGCUUACAAGAAAAAAUUAAAGCAGGAAGCACCAGUGACUCAGUCUAUAAAAAAGUGGCCAGAUGAAUAAUAUGCUAAACUACAGGACUGUUUUGCUAUCGCAGACUGGAACAUGUUCCUGGGAUUACAGCUCAGCGUUCAACACCAUAGUACCCUCAAAGCUCAUCACUGAGCUAAGGAUUCUGGGACUAAACACCUCCCUCUGCAACUGGAUCCUGGACUUCCUGACAGGCCGCCCCCAGGUGGUGAGGGUAGGUAGCAACACAUCUGCCACGCAGAUCCUCAACACAGAAGCACCUCAGGGGUGCGUGCUCAGUCCCCUCCUGUACUCCUGUUCAUCCACGACUGCGUGGCCAGUCACGACUCCAACACCAUCAUGAAGUUUGCAGACGACAGAACAGUGGACAGACAGAACACCAACAACGACGAGACAGCCUAUGGGGAGAAGGUCAGAGACCUGGCCGGGUGGUGCCAGAAUAACAACCUAUCCCUCAAUGUCACCAAGACUAAGGAGAUGAUUGUGGACUACAGGAAAUGGAGGACUGAGCACACCCCCAUUCUCAUCGACGGGGCUGUAGUGGAGCAGGUUGAGAGCUUCAAGUUCCUUGGUGUCCACAUCACCAACAAACUAGAAUGGUCCAAACACACCAAGACAGUCGUGAAGAGGGCACGACAAAGCAUAUUCCCCCUCAGGAAACUAAAAAGAUUUGUCAUGGGUCCUCAAAUCCUCAAAAUGUUCUACAGCUGCGACAUUGAGAGCAUCCUGACUGGUUGCAUCACUGGCUGGUACGGCAACUGCUCGGCCUCCGACCGCAAGGCACUACAGAGGGUAGUGCAUAUGGCCCAGUACAUCACUGGGGCUAAGCUGCCUGCCUAAAAAUGGUCAAAAACCCCAGCCACCCCUGUGGUCUCUGGUCUCUCUGCUACCAAAUCAAAUCAAAUCAAAUUGAUUUAUAUAGCCCUUCGUACAUCAGCUGAUAUCUGAAAGUGCUGUACAGAAACCCAGCCUAAGACCCCAAACAGCAAGCAAUGCAGGUGUAGAAGCACAGUGGCUAGGAAAAACUCCCUAGAAAGGCCAAAACCUAGGAAGAAACCUAGAGAGGAACCAGGCUAUGUGGGGUGGCCAGUCCUCUUCUGGCUGUGCCGGGUGGAGAUUAUAACAGAACAUGGCCAAGAUGUUCAAAUGUUCAUAAAUUACCAGCAUGGUCCAAUAAUAAUAAGGCAGAACAGUUGAAACUGGAGCAGCAGCACGGCCAUGUGGACUGGGCAAGGAGUCAUCAUGUCAAGGAGUCAUCAUGUCAGGUAGUCCUGAGGCAUGGUCCUAGGGCUCAGGUCCUCUGAGCGAGAGAAAUAAAGAGAGAAAGAGAGAAUUAGAGAGAGCACACUUAAAUUCACACAGGACACCGAAUAGAACAGGAGAAGUACUCCAGAUAUAACAAACUGACCCUAGCCCCCCCGACACAUAAACUACUGCAGCAUAAAUACUGGAGGCUGAGACAGGAGGGGUCAGGAGACACUGUGGCCCCAUUCGAGGACACCCCCGGACAGGGCCAAACAGGAAGGAUAUAACCCCACCCACUUUGCCAAAGCACUUUGCCAUGUUACCGUAUGGCAAGCGGUACCGGAGAACCAAGUCUAGGAUCAAAAGGCUUCUCAACAAUUUUCAUCCCCAAGCCAUAAGACUCCUGAACAGGUAUUCACAAAUGGCUACUCGGACCAUUUGCUUUGUGUGCCCCACACCCCAAACCCCUCUUUUAUGCUACUGCUACUCUCUGUUUAUCAUAUAUGCAUACUCACUUUAACCAUUCCUACAUGUACAUACUACCUCAAUCAGCCCGACUAACCGGUGCCUGUAUAUAGCCUCACUACUGUUAUUUUUCACUGUCUUUUUACUGUUGUUUUUAAACAUUUACAUUUAAGUCAUUUAGCUGACGCUCUUAUCCAGAGCGACUUACAAAUUGGUGCAUUCACCUUAUGACAUCCAGUGGAACAGCCACUUUACAAUAGUGCAUCUAAAUCUUUUAAGGGGGGGGGGGGUGAGAAGGAUUACUUUAUCCUAUCCUAGGUAUUCCUUAAAGAGGUGGGGUUUCAGGUGUCUCCGGAAGGUGGUGAUUGACUCCGCUGUCCUGGCGUCGUGAGGGAGUUUGUUCCACCAUUGGGGGGCCAGAGCAGCGAACAGUUUUGACUGGGCUGAGCGGGAACUGUACUUCCUCAGUGGUAGGGAGGCGAGCAGGCCAGAGGUGUAUGAACGCAGUGCCCUUGUUUGGGUGUAGGGCCUGAUCAGAGCCUGGAGGUACUGAGGUGCCGUUCCCCUCACAGCUCCGUAGGCAAGCACCAUGGUCUUGUAGCGGAUGCGAGCUUCAACUGGAAGCCAGUGGAGAGAGCGGAGGAGCGGGGUGACGUGAGAGAACUUGGGAAGGUUGAACACCAGAUGGGCUGCGGCGUUCUGGAUGAGUUGUAGGGGUUUAAUGGCACAGGCAGGGAGCCCAGCCAACAGCGAGUUGCAGUAAUCCAGACGGGAGAUGACAAGUGCCUGGAUUAGGACCUGCGCCGCUUCCUGUGUGAGGCAGGGUCGUACUCUGCGGAUGUUGUAGAGCAUGAACCUACAGGAACGGGCCACCGCCUUGAUGUUAGUUGAGAACGACAGGGUGUUGUCCAGGAUCACGCCAAGGUUCUUAGCGCUCUGGGAGGAGGACACAAUGGAGUUGUCAACCGUGAUGGCGAGAUCAUGGAACGGGCAGUCCUUCCCCGGGAGGAAGAGCAGCUCCGUCUUGCCGAGGUUCAGCUUGAGGUGGUGAUCCGUCAUCCACACUGAUAUGUCUGCCAGACAUGCAGAGAUGCGAUUCGCCACCUGGUCAUCAGAAGGGGGAAAGGAGAAGAUUAAUUGUGUGUCGUCUGCAUAGCAAUGAUAGGAGAGACCAUGUGAGGUUAUGACAGAGCCAAGUGACUUGGUGUAUAGCGAGAAUAGGAGAGGGCCUAGAACAGAGCCCUGGGGGACACCAGUGGUGAGAGCGCGUGGUGAGGAGACAGAUUCUCGCCACGCCACCUGGUAGGAACGACCUGUCAGGUAGGACGCAAUCCAAGCGUGGGCCGCGCCGGAGAUGCCCAACUCAACUUUAUUUCUUUACUUAUCUAUUGCUCACCUAAUACCUUUUUUUUUACAUACUAUUUGCACUGUUGGUUAGAGCCUGUAAGUAAGCAGUUCACUGUAAGGUCUACCUGUUGUAUUCGGCUCACGUGACAAAUAAACUUUCAUUUGAUUUGAGUUUGCACUGUUUUGUAACGAGUAGUACACAGCGUUGUAUGAGAUCUUCAGUUUCUUGGCAAUUCCUCGCAUGGAAUAGCCUUCAUUUCUCAGAAGAAGAAUAGACUGACGCGUUUCAGAAGAAAGUUCUUUGUUUCUAGCCAUUUUGAACCUGUAAUCAAAGCCACAAAUGCUUAUUCUCUAGAUACUCAACUAGUCUAAAGACAGACAGUUUUAUUGCUUCUUUAAUCAGAUACAACAGUUUUCAGCUGUGCUAAAAUAAUUGCAGAAGGGUUUUCGAAUGAUCAAUUAGCCUUUUAAAAUGAUAAACUUGGAUUAGGUAACACAACUUGCCAUUGGAACACAGGAGUGAUGGUUGCUGAUAAUGGGCCUCUGUACGCCUAUGUAGAUAUUCCAUUUAAAAAAUCAGCCGUUUCCAGCUACAAUGGUCAUUUACAACAUUAACAAUGUCUACACUGUAUUUCUGAUCAAUUUGAUGUUAUUUUAAUGGACAAAAAAUGUGCUUUUCCUUAAAAAACAAGGACAUUUCUAACCGACCCCAAACUUUUGAACGGUAGUGUAUGAAUUGUAAUGUACCAGAUCACCGAUAUCUUUCUUUCGGGGUAGCUGAUGAUCGGCUGGGGACAGAAGGUACAGUCCUUGGAAUUGGCAGAGGAUCUCCUUCACUCCUUCAAUAGUCUGUCUGAUACAUUUUGUACAUUGAUGCACAAGGUACGCACCAGUGUUUAAAUACAGUGUAUCACAUGUUGUGUAUAUUGCUCGAGACAAAGGUCUUUAUUUGUAUAUUUUUUAUUUGAUUUUGAAUUUUAGAACCCUUUAAUAAAAACCCAGCAUUGAAUAACACGUUCAUAAAUGGCAAAAGAAAUACAGGUUUAGAAUUGUUUGUCUUAUAUCUAGGAGAUAUAAGGACUCUCAGGAAAUAUUUUAGUUAUUUUUUACACAUAUGUAAGCCCUUACUCUUGUUGGCACAGAACUAUCUCUAUACUUCCAUUCAUUUGUAUGGGUUACCUUCAGACGAGUCCCGUGAGACUUGUGAGGGAGGUAGAGCAAAACAGAGAGCCCCAUCGUGUUCGUGAGAGUCUCCCCUUUUCAUAGAGUGGUCAUAGUUGGUAGGCAAAACUUUUCAGACGCUACAGACGUUUUCCUGAGAAGGCCGAUUUUCUGGAUGUCUCAUGGUCUGACAAACACUGUUGUAGCUAGGCCACCUUCCACCACUGAUGCGGAAGGCUGACAUAGGCGGAUACGGUGCUGCUGCAUAAAUUAUGUAAUAUGCCAGGGAGAUAUGUAUACUGUAGCUAAGAAAGUAAUACUAAGUGUAUGUUGUGUAGUAAGCUGUUAGUAGCCCAUGUGCCUCACCCUAAUAAUUUGUCUUCUUUCUCCCUCAUAACUUAACCUACUGUUCUGACUAUGUAGCCUAUAGCCCGUUUUAGAGAAAUGUAAUCAUAGAAUAUUGUAAGAGCUUUUAUUGUCUGCUUAUAUACCCCUGUAUUUAUCCUAGGGUUCUGACUUGGUGUACAGGGAAAAUAAUGUCUUAAUCAAAAUGAUGGAUUGCCUCUUAUCUGCUCUUCAUCCCCGAAUGCCAUAGUUUGUACAUCUUAAUUGAGAGUAGAAACCACAUUUGUUUAAGCAAGUCAGCCAUAUCAGCUAAGUUUUUUUAAGGCAAUAAAUGAGGCUGAAUUAACUGUUUUGCUGCCAGACAAGGCUCUGCUGAUAGCCAGGUGUAGCGGUGGUAAGGAUUCUGUCACGACUCCCGCCGAAGUUGGCUCCCCUGCCUGUUCGGGUGGUGAUCGGUGGUCGUCGUCACCGGCCUACUAGCCGCCACCGAUCCCUUAUUCUUUUCAGUUAGUUUUGUCUCAUUUGUUACACCUGUUCCUAUUUUGUGUGUGCUUGAUUUUCUUACCUAUUUAGCGUAUGGAACCCGCCCAUUUGUUGUGCGGGAUUAUUUUGAUGUUCACGUUGUAUUCGUUGGUGUUGUUUGUGCUCUGGACCUUGUUACCCGUUAUUUUGGGUUGGUCAGUGUUUGCGCCCUGCGUGUUGGGCAUUUCAUUUUGGUGCCGUAUUAAAGUGUACUUUCCCCCUGGA